GCUCAACGAUGUCGUUUUGUGGUCUCUCCUAUUGGCUGCAUAUUCCUCUCUCUCCUGGCUGGGCCUCUAAUCUAUUAUUUGAUUUCCUGUUAGGGGAAGGGAACUGCUUCGAAAUCUCCGCUGCCUUUUUAGGUGAAAAAUCUGAAAACCCUCCUUAAUUCUCAACCCUUUCUACUCUCUUCUUCCUUCCUUCGCCAGGGCAAGGGCAACGCACUGGGCGAAGAGUAAGAUACACCAAUCAGCCAGCCACAUGCCCAGAGGAAGAUUUUGACCCUAAACGUCUCUAAAGUAGCGAACUUUCGGUCUCAAAUCGGAAAGGGCGGCAUCCUCCUAUUUUUGGGAUCUUCGGCUUUCAUAUGCGCCCAAUCCCCUUCUUAGGUCUUCGACUUUUAUGGGAAAAUCGCCUGCCGCGAUAUCAAGGCUUCCCAAUCUCGUCGCCCAGUGCGUAAACCACUCGAAACAAGCGAAACCCACCUCCCGAUUCCAGAACAUAGCUGCUGGAGAAGCAGACAAGUCGAGGAGAAGGUGGAAGGAGAAGAAGACGAUGGAGAGUAGCAGCUCUGAUAUAGACGCCGCCAACAGAAGUCACAACGUCAGCAGCAGCAGCAGCAGCGCGAGCGCCGGCAGCAACUUUCGGGUGCCGCUGUCGGAGGUCGUGUCGGAUUGCGUGAAGCGGUGGUUCAAGGACACGCUCAAAGAAGCCAAAGCUGGAGAUAUUAACAUGCAGGUCUUGGUCAGUCAAAUGUAUUUCAGCGGCUAUGGCGUCCCUCAAGACGGCCAAAAGGCAAGGAUUUGGAUGGCAAGAGCGGCAAGGACUCGGUCAUCGGUUUGGAGAGUUAGUGAUAAACGCCCUGGUUAUAAUGCCAGUGAUUCCGACUCGGAUGAAUUGAAGGGUGAUUCUUGAUUCGGGGACUCAUCGAAACGAUAGCUACCAAGUAGUUGGGGAACAAACACUCUACUUGAAUUUCACCUCUCAUCACGAUGACCGCUAUGAUGUAAGUUGAAGCUCUCAUAUUAAGCUUGUCCUCAUUUUCCAUGGUGUGUAGGGGAAGGAAGGGUUGGCGGUGUUUUGUUGCUGCUGUGUUCAUCGCCGGAUUUUAUUCUGGGUGGCUUCUGGCUGAUAAUCUCACCCGUGGUUUGUUUUUUCAUCUUUGGGUAUCUUGUCCAAUUGGUUUUCUGUUUUCACGUCUUCAGCACGCUGUUAGAGACAGAAUGUAACUGUUGUGCUUAGAGAUUUUCACUUUGGUAUCAGUAUCCAUUGCUGUCAAUCUUCACUUGGGGCAUAUUUGAUUACCAACUGAUCUCCAUUCUGCACCAGCAGUAUUCCUCCUUUCAUAAUUGAGGUUUGGAG